AUGAUAAUGCAGAGUAAAGUUCUUUUGCAAAACCUUGAAGAUUUGCAGCCAGUAGUCAUUGCAGGAAGCGUCAUCCAGGCAAGCUACGCAUUAGUAGAAAACGGCGUCGAUGCAACGCUGUCAGACCUUAUUCUUCCUGGAUUUAUGAAUUUCUUUGGCCCAGGGCUAUGUGCUAACAUAGUUUAUAAGCAAGCAGAAUUGUCAAGGAUGUCUCUCAUAUCAUACUUCAUCGGAACAAUUAUAUUCUCAAUGUUUUCCCAGAUGAGGAUUCUGUGGAUAUCAACAGCUGUAUUUCCUGUGAUGGGCAGGGGCUUCAUGCUUAUUGCCCUGAAGAACAAUAACCAGCCUUUCCAUUUGGUCAUUGGAUGGCUAAUGGCUCUAGAGAUGUCUGGAGUGCUCAUACAAAAGCUACUUUUCAACAAGAAGAUGAAAAUUAGUGGAGAUAAGGCAGGGGAGGUAUUCAUACUGAUCCUAGGGCUUGGAUUAGGAAGGCUGUACCGCCUUCCAGACUAUACAAUGAUGCUGGUGGUUUUCUUAGUCUCGCUCGGGCCCUUCGUCCAGUACAUGCUUUCGCUGCCUCUUUUCUCACAGAAGAAGCAGAAAAAAGAAAGAGGUAAAUACCCAAGAAUUAAGCUUCCGAAGAGGAAAGCAGCCCAGAAGGCUCAAGAUACACUCAAACAAGCAAAAUGA